AUGUCUCCAUUGUCACCGGUGGCCAAGAUAGAUGUCGCUAUCUCUCCUGGAGACGAUGUUCGCCGCAACGACAAUCCGCCGGCACACACGUGGAGCGUCAUCCACGUGGGUGGUGCCUUUCACAGCCAGUACUGCGCUCUGUGCCACAGAGUUCGGUUACGGAACCAUGAGUUUGGUUCAAAUAAGAAGCUGGGAUGGCAAUCUAUCGGAGCGUGUGUAGCCGAGGAUACACAGCACAGCUUUGAGCCGUAUAUGCAAGAAAGCGGGCUGUUGCGUGUGUGCACCGCAUGCUUCGUACAGCAGAAGUACGGAAGAAAGUUCGGUACGGGGAAGUCGUGCGGCUUUGAGACGGUACACGCCCCGUGUACACCCAGCCAGCCCACACUCAGAGCUGUGUACGAGCAGGUGAUUGCGAAGUUCCCCGAGUAUGUACCAGCUGAGGAAGUACACACCCAAAGCGAGGGCCUUGUCGCGGACCUGCGUGUCCGUCUCGAAGAAUUACAGGUGCAGCCUGUUAAGAGCAUGGAUGACUUCUGUGUAGAAUUCCCACGCUUCAGCAACCUGCACUCUGAUCUUCUCCGCGAGGCUUUAACCCAUCCAACCGCUGACUACGGCAAAAACUAUCUUCGGCUGGCCUUUCUGGGCGAUGCGGUAGUCGAACUCUUUGUGAUCGACAAACUGUUCACUGUAAGUCCGCCUGAGGACAACGGGACGAUCACGGUUAAGAAGAGCCAACUGGUAGCAAACCACAUGCUCAGCGUGCAUGCACUACCCUACCUCGCGUAUCUAAGGCGGGGGCUUAUCCCAGACACAGACACGAAGGCGCCGUGUGAUGUGCUCAAGGCGUUGAUAGGGGCGUACCACAUACAGUGGGGAUACGACCACUCCCGUGAGCUAUGCAUGGACCUUGGGAUCGUGCGGCGCAGCACAGGUUGA